CCGGUCGACUCAUUCUAAUGAAUGAGAUGCGGGCCAGGUCCGGCUGGGAUACGGGAGCACCCGGUUUUCACAUCCGGUCACUGUAUUAAAGAAUCAUGGUCUGAAUUCACCCUAAGCCAUGUCUGACCUGCCUUAGAUAUGGCCUUCGGGAAGAUGAAUAUUACACAAGAGCCAAACUUAAAUACAACUGAGGGGAACAUUUCCAGAAUAAGCUGCCACUGGAAUAGUGAAGAUAAUGAACAGGUCAGAGUUCAAUGGAGAAAGUAUAUUUCAAGCACCGAGAAAGAGAAUGGGGCCGCGUUAUGUUCUGUGAGGACUGAGCAAAGUAACUAUUCAGAAGUGAGAAAUAAUAAAAUAACUUGUAAUGUGGCCAAUAACACAGCACAGCUGACCAUAGAGGGGGUUACAGAGGAUGAUGGGGGGCUGUAUGUCUGUGAGGUUAUCAUCGAAAUACCAAGACUGAAUAAAGCAAAAGGGAGCGGUACACGGUUAAAUGUCCAGCAUUACAACGAAGUUUUAGUUGCAGAUAUCAGAUUUCUGUACCUGAUUAUCCUUAUUAUUAUUCCCAUACUGAUAACGGUGCACUGCCUCUACUGCAAGAGGAAGAAGAAAAAAGAACUGUUCCUUGAUCACAUCUAUGGAAAUGUUAAAAGAAACACAACAAAGCCAAAUAGGAAGUUGACCUCCCAAAGGGAUAAAAAGAAGAGCUCCGUAUGAAUUUAGAUCGUAUUGUACUUCAACAUUCAUGAUCGAGCAUUAACUGGGAAUAUAAAAAGUCCUUUAGAGGAAACACGUUUUUAUUACUGAAUGUAUAGAAAUGAUGAACAACAGUCAGAGAACUGAGAUGUUUGUGUACAAUUUCAUGACAGUGGUUCUACAGGGUUAUUUAAUUACAUGAUAUAAAGUGUCGGUAAUUCGUAACCCAAAAGCUUUAGUCAAAUACAACUAUCGUAAUCAGAAUGAAUAAUGCUGCCAUUCUGUUAACAAUAAUGAAAUAAUACCAUACAAAUAUUACUACUUUUUGGACUCAAACUUAAUGCCACCAUAACAUACACAUUGUUCUCUAAGCUGUUUACAGAGAGAGUCUCAAGUGGAAUUCUGCUAAGACUACAAGUGGCGUCAGUUAAGCCCUCAACCCUGCACAACUCUGUACACAGUUGUGCCUUUAGAGCUUAUUGCACAUAGCUGUCACUUUUGUUUGCUGUAAAUUGCCAGACUCGCCAACUCUAGCUACCUGGUCUUGGUCCUGACUUCUGUUUUACACUGCUAGAUGGACAUCUGUGGAGACAUGAGAGGAUCUGUGAAGCCCUGAGGCUGCUCUGAUGCUCCUUCAUGAGUUGUGGAGGGAUCAAUAAAUGUGAGACACACUGUGGCACUCCAUUUUGAUGCCUUCUGCACAGAGGCGUAGUGUGGGGGGUGCAGGGGGGCCAGCCGUACCGUGCGCAACAUCUGGGGAGGCGCGCUUGCACUCGCAGCUCUCUGCCCCUGCCUGGCUCACUCACUCUCUCUGCAGUGCUGGCUGUGCGAAUCCGA